AUGAAAUUUUUAGUUACAUUUAUUAUAAUAUUUUCACAUAUUAUUUUUGGACAUGAAUUUGGUAAAGAAGAUUCUAUUCAUGAUAAAGGACAUUUGAAGGAACAUCUUCAAAAUAAAAUAGAUAUUGAUAAUACAGAAUGGACUGAGGAUCAAGAAAGAUAUUAUUAUUUUACUCUUCAUGAUUCAAAUAAAGAUAAUAUAAUUGAUGGUAUAGAAAUAAUGAAAGCUUACACUCACCAUGAUCAUAGAGUUGAUGGAACUAAACCACAAUUAGAAGAUUAUCAGAUAGAAAAUUUAGUUGAUGCUGUGUUACAUGAAAUGGAUCAAAAUAAUGAUGGUUUUGUAACGUAUGCUGAGUAUGUUGAUAAAACAAAACGAAAAAAAUAUUAG